UAGCACUAAAAAAUAAAAUUAUUUAAUUAUUUAAUUAUUUCAUCAUCAUCAUCACUACCAUGCCCAUUGCUGUUAUUGUCCAGAAAUGAACCUUUUUUUUAUUUUUUAUCAUGGGGUUUAUUAUUUAAUGCGCUCCCUCUAGUUCGAAGCUUUCAAUUUUCACAAGGGGCAACAAGAAUGGUAAAAUCAGUUGUCGCCCACCACCUGUUUGAUGAUUUGCUUCUUUGAACUCACACACACUUUUUUGUUUUUGUUUUUGUAAACUUGGUACGCAUCCUUAGUCCACUGUAUCAUAGCUGUAAUCAUGACAUUUAACUUUUUGAGGAGAAGUAUCACCUUCUCAUUAGUUGUGAAUUCUCAUUUUUCUUUGAGGGUGUGUCGUUUUUGCUCCAAGGCCUCCACAACAAUUCUUUAUAAAGAGACAGAGAUAACAACACGUUCAGCACCUUCUUUUAGUUAUUCUAGUAGUCUUCAUCUCUCUCCAUUGUUUACUGAUGAUAAAGCUCAUUCGGGUAGUUAUGAUAUUGAGCUUGUGGAUCAUGAUACGUGGAGAGUUUCAUCGGGUUUAGCACAAGCUUGGCAAGGAGUAGAUGGUAGUUCUUCAUUGGGAACAAAUUCUCUUAUGGUUGAUGAACCAGUUGAUUCUUGUUCUCAAGUUGUUGAGUGUGAUCAGGACUUCGAUGACAUUGAUAAUAUGAGAAUUCGUGGUAAUCUGUUCUAUAAACUUGACCGGGAUUCCAAGGAAUUUGAAGAGUACAAUCUUGAUUUCCACCGGAGGAAGUCUUCAAAUCCAAAGAAUGAUCGAAAGGAAAGCAAGAAGGCAGCGAAAAAGGAUAUCCCAAGUGGUAACGUGGCCCCAAGAGUUGAAAAACUUCCUAAGGUAGUAAGCAACAAAAUUGUUAAGUCUCCACUUGAUGAAAUGGAUAAUGCUUGUGUUGGUAAGAAGAAGCUAAGGACUCCGACUUAUAAUCAACUUACUGAUCCUUACCACGAACCUUUUUGCCUGGACAUUUACAUAUCCAAGGCUUCUGUUCGUGCCUGUGUUGUUCACAGGGUGACAAGUAAGGUUGUUGCUGUGGCACAUUCCAUUUCUAAAGAUAUGAAGUUUGACCUGGCUUCGACUAGGAAUGUAAAUGCUUGUGGUGCUGUGGGGGCUGUUCUGGCUCAGAGGGCAUUGGCUGAUGAUAUUCAUGAUGUGGUUUACACUCCAAGGAAGGGGGACAGAUUGGAAGGGAAGCUUCAGAUUGUGCUUCAAUCUAUCAUUGAUAAUGGUGUUAAUGUGAAGGUUAAGCUUAAGCAAAAGAGACCCAUAGGAGGUGGUCUGUCAUCUACACCUUAGAACUUAGAAGCAUGGUUGUUCAAUUUGUUCUUUAUAGCUAGUCUAGUCAGUUGUCAACUGAGUCUCUACUCUUUAAUUUUACUUCUUUAUUUGAAACUGGCUCUGAUUGCUUUCUGAUGUGAACUGUUAUAGUUUGAUCUGACCAUCAUGAGACAGUUCAUAGAAGUGUAGUUUUGUUAACCUCUCUCUGCUCUACAACUAAACACAAGAUGAGAGGAAUUUAGCGGACCGUGGUUGCAUGAUUCUGUUGUAGGCUCAGUUAUUUUAAUUGUUAGGGUGUUCUGUAUUGUUUUGCAUCACAUCUUCUACAAUAAUUUGGUGUUCUUGGACUUGUUCUUUGUAAAGUAUGAAUAACAAUCAAAUCUUUCUUAA